AUGAUUCUUCUUCUUCUUCUUCUUCUUCUUCUUCUUCUUCUUCUUCUUCUUGUCGUGUUCUUUCUUGACUUUAAUAGCUAUUUUCUUCUUUUUCCUGCAUCAUUGACUCAAUCAUUUAAUAUCUGUCUAUCUAUCUAUCUAUCUAUCUAUCUAUCUAUCUAUCUAUCUUUUUCAGUUUGUUCAUAUCUAUCUAUCUAUCUAUCUAUCUGUCUAUCUAUUUUGUUCAUAUCUAUCUAUCUAUCUAUCUAUCUAUCUAUCUAUCUAUCUAUGCCUAUUUAUAUAUAUCUUAGUUUAUUCAUAUCUAUCUAUCUAUCUAUCUAUUUAUCUAUCUAUCUAUCUCUGCUUGCUCACAUCUUAUUUUUUCAUAUCUAUCUAUCUAUCUAUCUAUCUAUCUAUCUCUCAUUUUCGGCCAUUUUCUAUCUAUUUUUACAACCCGUGUUUGAGCUCGUUCAGCAAAGCCGCCGCCUUGACCUUCCUCGACUCCUUGGAGGCAUUCGUGAUGAUCAUGCGGUAAUACUUGCGGUAGGAGGAGUAACCAAUGUCCUUCUUGAUCGUUCGGCAGAUCGUCGACUUGUGACAGCCCAUGUCAGCGACGAUCUUGGCGUAGCUCUGGCUUCCAUCAUUGUCGACUGUCUCUUUGAUGGCGGAGACGAAGUCGCCGGUCUUAACGGCCGACGAACGAACGUUGUGGGCCUUUCGUUUGGCAGUAAACUCGACGUUGUUCUCACACGCCUUCCACUUCCUCCAAAUGUCCAUGACCAUGGUCGUCUUGAAUCCAAACCAGGCCAUCACUUCCGCAGGCUCCUUCCCGACUCGAAAAGAAGCUACUACCGCUGCUCUGCGCUCAUAUUCCAUCCUGAAAAAGGGUGUAUACAACUUUCUUUCUCUCAUUCUUUUUUUCUGUUUCUCUUUUUCUUUUUUCCCUUUAUUUUUUUCUCUUUCUUUUUUUUUUCUCUUUUUUUCUUUUUCUGUUGUAACCAAGAAACGUUCUUUCUGUUUCCAUACGCCCCCACGUCUCACCUUCACAUCCACGUAUUUAUGCAUUUUCACAAGCAUGAAUCUAUCUAUCUAUCUAUCUAUCUCUGUUUAUAUCUAUCUAUCCAUGUAUCUAUCAGUCUGUUCAUAUCUAUCUAUCUAUCUAUCUAUCUAUCUAUCUAUCUAUCUAUCUCUGUUUAUAUCUAUCCAUGUAUCUAUCAGUCUGUUCAUAUCUAUCUAUCUAUCUAUCUAUCUAUCUAUCUAUCUAUCUAUCUAUCUAUCUAUCUAUCUAUCUAUGUGUUUGUUUGCAUUAUCUAUCUAUCUAUCUAUCUAUCUAUCUAUCUAUCUAUCUAUCUAUGCUUAUACAUUUAA